AUGGCCAGUCCGUUACAGUUUGCCUACCGCACCCAGAAGGCCAUCGGUGUCUUCGAGGCCGACCCUGUGUACACGUCGCUCUCCGCCUUUGUGCCGCCCGAGGGGAACCUUCGGGGCUGUGUCUACUCGCCAUGCGGCCGCUACUUUGCAUGGGCAUCCAACGAGUUGGUCACAGUCUGCGACGCGUCUGUGGGCCACGUGCUUUCAACGUUUGUCGUCUCCAACGUGUUUGAACUGAGCUUCUCUCCCGGAGGCUCGUACCUGAGCACGUGGGAGCGGCCGGCGAAGGACGAGAAUGGCGAUGCUACCAAGAACCUGAAGGUGUGGCGCACAGAGACAGACGGUGCGACGGCCGAGGUGCAGCCGCUGGGUCGUUUCGUGCAGAAGUCGCAGACGGGCUGGAACCUUCAGUACACGGAGGACGAGCAGUUCUGCGCGCGGUUGGUGACCAACGAGGUGCACUUUUACCAGAGCUCGGACCUGACGACGGUCCACGACAAGCUUCGCGUGGAGGGCGUGGCGACGUUUGCCCUGGCACCCGGCAAGAACCAUUCGGUGGCCGUGUUCGUUCCGGAGCGCAAGGGUCAACCGGCUGCGGUGCGCGUGUUUAAUGUGCCGCAUUUCAGCACGCCGGCGUCGCAGAAGACGUUCUUCAAGGGCGACAAGGUGCAGCUGAAGUGGAAUGCGCAGGGGUCGAGCCUGAUUGUGCUGGCGCAUACGGACGUGGACAAGUCGAACAAGAGCUACUACGGCGAGACGACGCUAUACCUCCUAAGUGCCAGUGGCGGGUUCGACGCGCGGGUGUCGCUGGACAAGGAGGGGCCGAUUCACGACGUGUCGUGGUCGCCCAACUCGAAAGAGUUUGGAGUGAUCUACGGUUUCAUGCCGGCGAAGACGACGAUCUUUAACCAGCGGGCUGAGGCCAAGCACUCGUUUCCGAUCGGACCGCGCAACACGAUCACAUUCUCGCCGAGCGGGCGGUUUGUUCUGGUGGCCGGGUUCGGCAACCUGGCCGGACAGAUCGACGUGUACGACCUGACCAAGGACUACCUCAAGGUGUGCACAAUUGAGAGCGGCAACCCGAGCGUGUGCGAGUGGAGCCCGGACUCGCGAUACCUGAUGACGGCGACGACGUCGCCGCGGCUGCGCGUAGACAACGGUGUGAAGCUGUGGCACGUGGGUGGCGGGCUGGUGUACAACGAAGACAUGGUGGAGCUGUACAACGUGUUGUGGCGGCCGCUGGAGAAGGGAGCGCCGCUGGCAGUGGGUGCGACGGAGCCGCUGAACACGGUGCCGACGCCGCACGCGUCAGCGCUAGCGUUUCUGGGAGCACGGAAGACGCCGUCGAAGCCGGCCGGAGCGUAUCGGCCGCCUGGCGCACGGGGAGCAUCAACGCCGCUGCACUUCAAGCGGGAGGACGAGGGCGGGGCGGCACACAUGGUGAGCAACGGGACGGGGCUGGGUGGCGGGCUCAGCGGUCUGGGUGGGCUGAACGGCUUUGGACGGUCGCGGCGCCAGGUUCCAGGAGCGGAUCCGGUGGAGUUGUCGGCGGCAGCGGCAGUUUUUGUGCCGGGAUCGGAGCCAGUGGACGGCGAGACGCUGUCGAAGGCGGCGCUGAAGAACAAGAAGAAGCGCGGCAACAAGAAGGCCAGCCGGGAGGCUGAGACGCCAAACGGCAAAAGCAACGGGGCAGCGACGACAAACGGCAACGGCAACGGGCUGUCAGCGCCGGAACAGUGGUCAGGCAAUCACCACGAGGGCCGCAGUCCAGAGCGACGUGGGUUCCAGAACCACCAGCAGCAGACGCAAUCGCGCAGCCAGUCGCGUAACAACGGGGCCAGUGGCGGGCGUCCGCGCAGCAACACGCAGCGGAACCGGGAUGGCUUCCGAGAGGGCUUCGGCCAGAACGGCGGUGGAGCGUCGCUGGCACCGAUUUCGGCGACGCCAGCAGUGCCUGCAGCGGCGGCAGCGGCAGCAGCUGCCCUGGCUGCAGCCAACGAGGCGAGCAGCAGCCAGAACCCGACGGCCAAGAAGAUUCGGAGCCUGCAGAAGAAGAUCCGGGCGAUUGAGGAUUUGGAGAUGCGGCAUGCCGGGGGCGAGAAGCUGGAGGACACGCAGAUCAAGAAGAUUGGAACCAAGUCGGUGGUGAUGCGGGAGUUGGAGGAUCUGGAGAGGCAGGGAUAG